AGACUUUCCUGGACAGAUGGAGUUAGCAGCACCAACCUCCAGGUUUCAAAGAGAAAUGUCUCUAGCAUCACUCCUGGUUCCUUGUGUUGUCCUAUUUCUUUCAGUUUCUCCCAGAGCCAGAAAGAUGUCUCACACAGACUUGGAAACACCCAAGAGGCCACCAGUUCACAAUUAGGGGUCCAAUAAAUAAUAGCAAUAAUGAAGAGUGAAUGAAUGGUACAUAUUUCUCUGAGGCAUUUCCACAUGCUUCUCACGUCAUUCUACAAAGACCUGAAGAUUUCUAUUGAUAAAUGGCCCUGGAAAUGUCAACGCAUAAACACCAAAACAAAUAAGUAGGGUCAUUUCAAUAAAAAUGUGGGGUUUUGUUUCUUUCGAACACUUUCAAUUCCACUGAGGUGUCUUUUCAUUCAAGAACAUGUUGCUUUUCAACAAAUCUGAGGAAAUAGAGCUUCCCUAUAGUCUUCGCGCGUGUUUUACUCUUUAGCGCGUGGGCCUCGCUCUUGAGAAUGCCUUAAAAUGCUCGGCCGUUGUUUACUAGAACAAUGACUAAUCUAUUUAAUGUUUGAACUGAUGCAAGACAAACGCAAGCCUCCGUGGGCUCUUCCUGGGACUGUGUGGAAAUGCAGUAGUUACGUGGGAUCCUUCUGAGGAAAACUAGCAGCGAAGGUGGCUAAGACAAGACUCUUCUCUGUAGUUCCAGGCACGUUCGUUUGGCUGUUUCUGUUUUUUCUUUCAGAAAAGACCAAAUUGUUAACGGUCAUGUGAGGUAAAAUCUGCGGUCCAGGGUCAUUUUCGGACGCACGGUCGCCAACACCCCGGCUCUCAGGACUUUCUAAACGGCGUUUCCGUUCUGUGGCCCUUCCCGCGCCAGCCUGAGGGAAGCACCGCCCCGCCAGGAAGGAGCUCGGAAAACCCGCGGGCAGCCCUAGCCCGGCACCCGGAUGUUUGAGCCGGCGGAGCGCAAGCUCAAGGGCUCCAGCCUGUCCCCGGGGCCGCGCAGCUGGAGAUUCGCCCCGGACUGCGGAGCCAAUGGGACCUGACGGCACCGGAACUGGGUGCUCGGGCGCACGCGCGCGCGCGUCGGAGCCAAAUAGCUGACGAACCGCCCAGUCGCGAGGCCUGGCGGAAAGGAAGUCGCGGGAACUGACGCUGCUGGGGGAACUUUGCGUGGAUGGCACUUUCCUGUCCCCGACUCCGCCCCCGCCGGAGGGGCUCAGCUCCGGGAUUCAAGAUGGAGUCGCUGAGUCGAGCUGGGCAGGAGAUGAGCCUGGCGGCCCUAAAGCAGCACGACCCCUACAUCACCAGCAUCGCAGACCUCACGGGCCAGGUCGCUUUGUACACCUUCUGCCCUAAGGCCAACCAGUGGGAGAAGACUGAUAUAGAAGGGACCUUAUUUGUAUAUCGAAGAUCGGCCUCCCCUUACCAUGGUUUUACCAUUGUGAACCGACUGAACAUGCACAAUCUAGUUGAACCAGUGAAUAAGGAUUUGGAAUUUCAGCUCCAUGAACCAUUUCUUCUGUAUAGAAAUGCAAGCUUGUCAAUAUACAGUAUCUGGUUUUACGACAAGAAUGACUGUCACCGUAUAGCAAAACUCAUGGCUGACGUGGUGGAAGAGGAGACACGGCGAUCCCAGCAAGCUGCCCGAGAUAAGCAGAGCCCCAGCCAGGCCAAUGGCUGCAGCGAGCACAGGCCCAUCGACAUCCUGGAGAUGCUGAGCAGAGCCAAGGACGAGUACGAGCGGGUGAGGCUCUCGAAUCAGAUGGGCGACUCCAAUAUCUCCAGUCCUGGCUUACAGCCAAGCACUCAGCUCUCCAAUCUGGGAAGCACCGAGACUCUGGAAGAGACUCCCUCCGGGUCACAAGAUAAGUCUGCUCCAUCUGGACACAAACAUCUGACAGUGGAAGAGUUAUUUGGAACCUCUUUGCCGAGGGAGCAGCCAGCAGUUGUGGGUCUAGAUUCAGAAGAAGUAGAGAAACUGCCAGGAGAUGCCUCCCAGAAAGAGCCUGGCUCGUUCCUGCCAUUUCCCUUUGAGCGGUCAGGAGGAGCCCCUCAGCCAGAGAGCCUGGGUGUCCAUCCUGCUGCCCACCACUCAGUCCAGCCUGAAGUCACUGCCCCGGUGCUCAUCACGCCAGCCUCCAUCGCCCAGUCCAGUGAAAAGCAUGCGCCAAGCUACACAGUGCCAUUGAGCCCUGUGCUCAGCCCCACUCUGCCAGCCGAAGCCCCAGCUGCACAGGUUCCCCCCAGCUUACCUCGAAACAGCGCCAUGAUGCAGGUGAAGGCCACGCCCAGACAGAGGUCACCACUCCUGAACCAGCCAGUCCCUGAUCUAAGCCACACCGGCCUCAUGGCCAGACAUAGCCCCUUCAGGUCCCCACUGAGUGUGACAAACUCGGCCGGCACUUCCCUGCCGAGCAUUGAUCUCCUCCAGAAACUCAGGUUGACCCCACAGCAUGACCAAAUACAGACCCAGCCACCUGGGAAAGGUGCGGCAGCUACCAGCUUCCCGCCAGCAGCUGGCCUGCUGGCCACCCCCGAGAGCUUCAUCGAGCCUCCUGCCAAGACAGCAGCAACCAGAGCAGCAGCCACAGCCUCCCUGAGCAACAUGGUGCUUGCUCCCCUACAGUCUAUGCAGCAAAACCAGGAUCCUGAAGUAUUUACCCAGCCUAAGGUGUUAUCCAAUGCCAUCCCGAAUGCAUGCACAUGCACAAGAUGGGGGGCCCUCCAGAGUGCUCCGGCAGCACCGUUGGCUGCUGGCCAGUGCAGAAUGACCGUUGUUCCCCUGCAGGUUGCAGGCUCCCCUCUGGUUACUACAGCGACCACAGCAGUGUCUUCAGUCCUGCUGUCCCCCAGUGUUUUCCAGCAGACAGUUUCAAGGUCCACAGACUUUGAGCGGAAGGCAAAGUCCCCAUCUCCUUUAACUGUCAGAACACCAGAAAACCAGAGAAAGCCUUCCAUUGUUCUCAGCAAGUCUCAGCUCCAGGACACGUUAAUACACCUCAUAAAGAAUGACUCCAGCUUCCUCAGCACACUUCAUGAAGUCUACCUGCAGGUUCUGACCAAGAGCAAAGACAACCACAACCUAUGACAGAGCAGAAUUGAUCUGAAGGCAGAGUGUCAGCCUCAGAGAUAAGCAGGCUUCCUCGUGGAAACUCCUAAACAGAACAUGGGGUUUUGAGAAUUCCGAAAUUGAGCCUGUGAGAAAAAGACUCGCUCCUUAAGAAUGUGUCCCAAGUGGCAUUGUCAGUGACGAUGGAGGUUUCACUGUGAAGCAUCACCAGCAGACCUUUGUUCGAGGGGGGGACCACCGUGUUGUUAUGUGGGCGUUUUCAUCAGCUGUGAGCAAGUACGUGGAAUGAGGAAUCUGACUUUCAGCUUGCCUUCACAUGUAAGGAUUUGGGGAGGAGUGGUCACCAGCCCUGGAGCCAACAGAAUUCAGCCCUGUCCGCACCCCGUCCUCAGUCCCCACCCCCAAGAAACUUGGGCAUUAGGCUAAUAGUCGCGGAACAGAGAAGUCAGCUCUGCAAAGUAGCUUCGAAUUUUAUGGAUCAGAGUUUAAGUUGGUAAAUUAGGAAUUACUUGUUCAAGUGAAGCGUGUUUUAUAUGACUGCCCCAUUUGGGCCUUAACAGUUCUAAAAUUUCUCCAUCGUGUUUUGUUUUUAAGUGUCCCCCAUCCUGCCAUGUCGCAGGCUCCCCGCACAGCGUUACAGUUUGAAUAGGGCCCUGGCGGGCUCAGUGUUGUGGAGCGGACACGUCACACCCCUGGUGUCGGUGAUGCCCAAAUCCUGGCAGAAAUCUUUAUAUAUUUUAAUUUAAACCCUCCAGUGGUUUUGACGAUGUUGAGCUUGUGUGUGAAGCACAGCCUUAAUUUCCUUUUCUGUCUGAACAGUUAGGAGUCAUUGUUGAUUGUUUCCCUUAACACUUUGGCAAAAGGACCAGUGAGCCAACUUGGCAGAGCCGUCCUGGUUCUGCCCUCGGGUGUGCUGGGAUCGUUUUAAAGCUAUGCAGAAAAGGGAGCUGUUACUCACACUGCCCUUACUUCGUUGUCGAAUACGGAGUUAAAAAGUAUGAGACUCGGAACUUUUCCAGUGUAUUCCCAGGCUGGCAGUACUUUUCCAGCCCCAAGUGUGAAAAUAUGUAAAGAUGCUUUGUUAUGCUGCUAUUGAUCUGCCAUGAUUUCUAUUUAUUCUUUUAUGGCAUGUAAUGGUGUUAGUAAUAUUUUAAUGUAGAUCUUGAUUUAUUUCAGCAAUAGUAAUUUUAAGAUAUUAUUUGAAUGAAAGUGUCUUUGUUUCUAUGAUACAGGUCAUUUUGUAGUAUUUAACCAAUUAAGAUGCACUGCUUACUUUUCUGAGCACUAUUUAAUGAUGGGGUAGAAACCCAAUUGGCUCAACCAGCUAGCAUAAGGAUUAGCUGUGAAUAAUGCUGACAGAUGUGACAGUUCCUCGGGAACGAUCAUAUAAGCUUUAAUGGGAACUCAAUCAUAAAUCCAUAGAUUUUUUUUUUUUUCCCUAGCCAAAAUUUUAGAAAAUUACUUGUGAAAUCCAUAUUUGUUUUAGUUUGGUCUUCGUGUUUUAGCCUAAAGAAUACUUUAUUUGAUUGGCUUUUGUUCAUCUAAAUAUGCUUCCUGGACAUUUCUGCUUCUCGAUUUAGUGUUUUCUGUUGCUGUCUACCUAGUUAUGUAUGAACUGUGCAGAAUUCAGGGACGCUUGUAAGUUUCCAUACUCAAAAUUAGGGAUAGUUUGUUUUCGAAGAUAGUGUAUACAUUCAGCAACCAAAAAUGAAUUGCUCGUGCAUCACCCAGGAAAGAGAAAGUGACAGUAAGAUGCGGAGCGUUGCUGACACCAGGACAUGGUGUCCAGGGAGCCCUGCAGUUGUCCUCAUGAAAUGGGGGUGCACCAGUAGGUUUGACCACACCCAGAUGUGGGCUUAGUGGGCAUCGGUAGAAAGACGAAUCAAAGGAUUCUUGUUAGAAUGGACAUUUCAAUUUAAAUGAUGCUGUUGAGUAUGUCUAAUAUUUUGAGAGUUAAGGAAGAAUAUCCUAAGGAGAGUCCGUAAUCAAGUCUGUAAUUUUUAUCCCGUAAUCCUAGGAAUGAAUAUGAUAGACAGUAAAGAGAAUCUAUGAUGAGGCUUCGUGCGAAAGUAAACUUUUAAGUGCCCAAGUCACGGAGACUUGAACAGAGUAAACCUGUUUUGACUCCUAAAUUUCUAUAUUCAAAGCAUUUACUUAAAAUCAGAAGCCAGAAGAUCAUGUUCAUGAUGACCAGUAAGUUCAGGCCAAACGAGUCCCUAGAGAAGCCAGGCCACGCCUGGGUAGUUGCAUUUGGAUGGUCCUGGCCGCAAGUCACAGUUCAGUUGCCUUAUUCCUGUUCAGGCUUCUAUCCAGAAGCUCACGCUAGCUUAGGUUGCACGUUUACAUUGCUGCAGUGUCUUUACUGGAACCUAGGCUGGAUCUGAACUGAAAUGGACACAAGAUGGAAACGCUUCUUGUUAGGUUUUGCAGAACUCCAGGAGACUUGCAUUUAGAACAUGGUUCUUCCGUGAACCUGGGGUUAAGCAUAGGCUUCACAGAAGCAGCCCAGAGCCUGGAGCAGAGGGUGUGUCUGGGGCAUCGGCCAUGGGGGGCUGCUCUUCUCUUGUAGUUCACGUGAUGUCUGAAUGGACUCCCCCACCUCCCAGACCACCUCAUUCCUUUAAGGCAGAAGCGCUUCCUCAGUUGUACAUCUCUCCUGGGACUGGAGAGGCCUGAGAGCUGGCCUGUUUGACUCCAAACCUGAAGUUUUCCCAAGGCUGUCAAGGUCAGGAGAAGCAGUUCAUGCUGUCUCAUAUGGAACGUCCAGUUUGCCUUCAAAGGCCAAGGAAUAGCCAUCACGGAGAGGUGCUUGGUUAGGAACCCACGUGAACGUGGUCCUCCUCUGCAGGAGGCGGCAUGACUGAGGUGUCUGACCAGAUUUUGCAUGUCAAGCAUCUGCCCUUUUUCUAGCCUAUGUUUUCUUGUAGAAAUGAUAAACCCCAUCAACUCCACCAUUAGGUAAAUAUUUGAAACCCUUGCAGCUUUUUUACUCUCCUCCCCCAAAGAAUGUAGUUUGGAAUCUUCUCGUUUCAGUAGUAGAGGCCGUAACUGCCAUUGUAUUACUUACUAAUAAUGCAACAUGAAAUUGAAGGUGCCUAACUGCUUAUAAAACAGGAUCACCCAUCAUACUGUAACUGAAAGGAAUGAGGUGCACAGGCACGGAGGGGCUGAGCCUGUGGGAGCGAGGGGAACCGAGGGGUCAUGGGCACACGUCCUGCGUCCUUACUGCACGCUGGUUGCAGAGCACGUGUUUCUUUCUUGCUUACCUUUGGUUUUCUUCAACUGUGUUCAAAGUACCUUCUGGAACCUACAGUGCCCUGUGCACUCAGAUGUCUGUAAUGGUAAAAUCUGAGCAAAGUAGAGUAACUCACGCUGGGCCUUGUAAAACUGUACUUAAGAACCUUUCCCUGUGCGGGCCAGGGCUGCAAGGAGCCUGUUUCUCAGCAAACAGCAGGAGAGAUGUGUGCAAUGUUUCGCUCGGUUUUCUAUUUGACAUCUUCAUUGAAAAUGCUAAGAUGCAAUAUCGUUCACUUUGAAGCGGGGAAAAUGCAAACUUGUGUUUCCCUUUUAUCUGUGUGAUUCCUUAAGAAGCGUGUUUUUAAAAUAUGUGUUCUAAAUGGUUUUUUAUUCUGUAUUCCUGCAUCUGCCAUGUGGCUCUCGUGACUUUCAGUGUACCAGGUUCUCAGCUCCCUGGCACCAAGGGCCGAGGAGCUCUGGGGUCACAGCGAGAUUCGGGUUCCAUGGGCGCAAUACUGCAUCGAUAACAUUUUUAAUGGUAUGGAUUUUAUACCAUCUGUGUAUGUUUGCAAAUAUUAAGUUAUUACAUGUUUUAAAAUGAGCAUUUUUCAUCCUAAAUUUUAUAUGUUUGCAAAUAUAUUUUUUUAAUAAAAUUUCAAAACCAAGUUUUAGCACCUAA